AUGGUCAUUGGAGGCCUUGCCAGGCUCACAGCCCUGGAGAGCCACUUCCCACAGCCGCAUGGCUCUGGCCGGGCCACGGGCAAUAGCACGAAGCUGGCCUCGCCGCCGCAAAUCUCUCGAGUGAACGGCUGUUCACCGCCUAGAAACGCCUUCCAGGCAGUGUCCUGGGCCGUCUUCCUGACCCUGUCCUUGGCCAUCUUCGGGAUCUUCAUUCCCUUCCUGUCUCACGCGUGGAAAUACAUCGCCUACGUGGUGGCUGGGGGGAUUUUCCUUUUCCACCUCGUCUUUCACCUGAUCGCCUGCUGCAUCGACCCCGCUGACCCCAACGUGAGACUCAGGAAGGACUAUUCUCAGCCCAUGCCCAUCUUCGACAGAUCCAAACACGCACACGUGAUCCAGAACCACUACUGCCACCUGUGCAAGGUCACCGUGACCAAGAAAGCCAAGCACUGCAUCGCCUGCAACAAGUGUGUGUCAGGCUUCGACCACCACUGCAAACUGCUCAACAACUGCGUGGGGAACCGGAACUACUGGUUCUUCUUCAGCACCGUGGCCUCGGCCGUAGCCGGCCUGCUCUGCGUGAUCGCCGUCCUGCUGUACGUCCUCAUCCAGUACUUCGUGAACCCCUGGGCGCUCCGCACAGACCCCAAGUAUGAAGAUAUCAGGAGUGCGAACACGUGGCUGCUGUUCCUCCCGCUGUUCCCAGUGAAGGUGAAGACUCAGAUGGUGGCCGUCAUCGGGGCGGCCGUGCUCCUGCUGGACCUGCUUGGCUUGCUCCUGCUAGGGCAGCUGCUCAUGUUCCACAUCUACCUGAAGAUCAAGAAGAUGACCACCCUGGAUUAUCUCACUCAGACCCAUGAAGAGGAAGAGAAGUCAAAAUGCCAAGCAGAGAGGAAAGGUUCACCCGUGCAAAUGGGGGAAGGAUUUCUCCAGCAGAGAGAAGGAGCCGGCGCCCCGGGCUCUUCUGCACAGGGGGUCAAGGCCAAAAAGUCCCUGCUGAUGCCCAAUUGCCUGUGCCACCUCCCCGCUCCCGUACACCGAGAUCGGGGCUCAUCAGCACAGGAAGCAGAUGAUGCCCCAAGUCCAUCUUCAUGUGGAGUCAAAACCAAGAAGUCCCUGCUGAUGUUCCACUGGCCAUGUCACCUCUCUGCUCCCAUACACCCAGUUGGGAGCUCAUCAGGACAGGAAGGAGAUGGUGCCCCAGGUCCCUCUGCACUUGGAGUCCAGGCCAAGAAGUCCACACUAAUGCCCAAGUGCCCAUGCCACCUCUCCACUCCUGUGCACCCGGAUGGGGGCUUGUCAGCACAGGAAGCAGAUGAUGCCCCGAGUCCAUCUUCAUGUGGAGUCAAGGCCAGCAAGUGCCCACUGAUGUCUGAGUGCCCAUGUCACCUCUCCACUCCUGUGCACCCGGAUGGGAGCUUGUCGGCACAGGAAGGAGAUGGUGCCCCAGGUCCAUCUGCACUUGGAAUCGAGGCCAACAAGUCGCUGCUGAUGCCCAAGUGCACCUGUCACCUCUCCGCUCCUGUAUCCCUGGACGGGGGCUCGUCGGCACAGGAAGCAGAUGGUGCCUGGAGUCCAUCUCCAUGUGGAGAACCUCAAGUACAGGAUGCGCCUCUCACAGAACAUGGAGUCACAGGAGACCUACUCGUGCAUGAUGAGACACUGCAACAAGAACCAAACCAGCCUGUGAAUACAGGCUGUGCUGAAAAUUAAGGCUGAGAUUCAGGAGACGAGGUGCCCCUGUGGUCCAGGUGCCCUUCCCUGGAACCCUACCCCUCCAUCAAGGUUCUGCCUGGGGAGUCUACCUUGUAAAGCCUCCUGCUUUUAUACAUACUGCAGUCCAGCCAGCAAAGCCCAUCAUCUCAGAGACCCCUGGAUGUCCUUCGAAGGAACCAGGACCCCUGAUCCCAGCAUCUGUCUCUGUCAUUAUCUUCAGCACAACCAAAGAACAGGC